AUGAUCACAACAGUAAUAUCCCCAACAGUUACGGUGCAACCCGCACCAGUUGUUUACACAACCACCUACAGUGUCGUGCCACAAACAGUUGUGUAUACAUUUCCACAAACUAUACCCGCUGUUAAAAAUAUUCAAGUAAUUCCUUCCCAGCAAGUCUGUCUUAGCUAUACCUAUGGAACACCCAUAACUACAUUUAUCCUUUAA